AUGGCGGCGCGUGCCACCGUCAUCCUCUACGCGGCGCUCCUCUGCCUGACGCUCUGCGGCACUAGCUCCCUCGCGCAGUCCCCCGCGUCCGCGCCGGCCAAGGCGCCGCCCACCAAGAAAUCCACGCCGGCGCCGGCCGCCUCGCCAGCCGACGCGUCCACGCCCGCCGCCUCGCCGUCCACCACCCCGGCCGCGCCCGCGCCCAAGUCCUCCUCCAAGGCGAGCCCAGCGCCGGCCGCCGCGCCUACCACCACCCCGGCUCCCGCGUUGGCGCCGGCCAAGCCCAAGCCCAAGGCCAAGGCCAAGGCCCCCGCGCCCGCGCCCGCGCCCCCGACCAAGGCCGCCGCCCCUGCCCCGGCCACGCCUGCUCCCGUCGCCACUCCCCCCGCGGCCGCGACGCCUCCCACCGCCGAGGCGCCGGCGCCGGAGACCAAGCCCGUCGAUGCCCCCGCCCCGCCCCCGCCCCCGCCAAGAAGAAGAAGCCGUCGUCUUCGUCCAAGGACAAGAAGAAGAAGAAGAAGGGCGCGUCGUCCGCCCCUGCUCCGGCCCCCGUCGCCAAGAAGCAUCCCAAGACCGCCGCCGACGCGCCCACCUCCGCCGCCGAGGCACCCGGACCCAGUGGCGACGCCGCCGCUGCCGACACCGCGAGCGCCGCAGGGAGGACACUGGCGGGCGUGA